AUGGCAGAAGAAAUGGAUCCCUGCUCUUUUACAUCCUUCCAAAAGUACACUACAAAACACCUAAACCUGAGGUGGCAUCUCAAUUUCAAGAGCCGCAUUAUUCAAGGAAGUGCUGCUUUGACCAUUGAGGUUUUGGAACAGAAACUAUCUAAUCUGAUACUGGACACAAAAGACCUGAAAAUAUUUAAAAUUCUUGUUAAUGGACAGAAAGCCACGUUUUCUUUGGGACCAAAGCACUGGUUUAAAGGAAGUCCUUUGGAAAUUACUCCUCCGUUUCAGUUAGAAAGGGGACAGCAGGCUGUAGUGGAGAUAUUUUAUGAAACCUGUCCAGAAGCAUCAGCUCUACAAUGGCUCAACCCAGAACAAACUGCAGGAAAACGGCACCCCUUUCUCUUCAGUCAGUGCCAGUUCAUCCACUGCAGAAGCAUAACACCCUGCCAAGAUACCCCUGCAGUGAAACAGACAUAUUAUGCCCAGGUAUCUGCUCCUAAGGAACUGAUUGCAGUCAUGAGUGCUAUAUGUGAUGGUGAUGAACCCGACUGCAAGGACAGCAAGCAGAGAAUACUUCAAUUUAGGCAAAAGAUACCCAUACCCAGUUACCUGAUUGCAAUUGUUGUUGGGGCAUUAGAGAGCAGAGAGAUAGGUCCAAGGAGUAGACUGUGGGCUGAAAAGGAGGCCAUAGAAAAAGCAGCGUUUGAGUUUGCACAGACUGAAACUAUGUUGAAGACAGCAGAAUCGCUUGUAGGUCCGUAUUUAUGGGAAAGAUAUGAUCUCCUAGUCCUGCCACCUUCUUUCCCAUAUGGAGCCAUGGAGAAUCCUUGCCUUAUGUAUGUCACUCCAACAUCAAUUGCAGGUGACCGAUCCUUAGCAGAUGGUAUUUCACAUGAAAUUGCACAUUGUUGGAUGGGAAACCUGGUUACUAAUAAGACCUGGGAACAUUUCUGGCUGAAUGAAGGUCAUGCUGUCUACAUUGAGCGUGUAAUUAGUGGUCGCAUGUAUAAUGAGAAAUGCAGGCAAUUUGCUGCUAUUGGUGGCUGGAACUACCUGUGUGAUUCAAUUAAAACACUUGGAAAAACCAACAAGCUGACCAACCUGGUUCCAAACUUGGCUGAAGUCGAUCCAGAUGAAGCAUUCUCCUGUGUUCCAUAUGAGAAAGGAUUUGCUUUGCUAUAUCAUUUAGAACAGCUACUUGGAGGACAAGAUGUCUUCAUUAAAUUUCUCCAUGCAUACGUUUGGAAGUUUGCAUUUAAAAGUAUAACGACAGAUGACUGGAAAACAUUUCUGUAUGACUAUUUCAAGGAUAAGGCUGAUGUUCUAAACAAGGUUAACUGGGAUGCAUGGAUGAACACACCUGGCAUGCCUCCAGCACAGCCACAGUACGAUACUACUUUGGCAGAUAAAUGCACUACUCUCAGCCAGAGAUGGAGCAAAGCCAAAGAAUCAGAGCUAUAUUCCUUCAGCUCUGCAGAUAUUGAAGAAAUGACACCUCUUCAGUUGAUUGAGUUCUUAUCACAACUGUUGCUGAAGGACCCACUACCAUUGAAACAUGUACAGAGAAUGCAAGACGUGUACAGCUUUAAUGCUGUGACAAAUAUGGAAAUACGAUUCAGGUGGUUACGACUCUGCCUGCGGUCUAAGUGGGAUAAUGCUGUUCCUUUAGCCCUCAGAAUGGUCACAGAACAAGGCAGACUGAAAUUUACUCGGCCACUAUUCAGAGACCUUUAUGACUUCACAAAGUUUCGCCAGGAGGCAAUCAAUGCAUACAUGAAAUACAAGCAAAGCAUGCAUCCCUGCACUGCUCUUUUAGUGGGAAGAGACUUGCAUUUGCUACAAGAAGAAUUAACUGCUGCUUUCUAGCUCACCAUGUUGGAAGUCUACUUUCAGCAGGCAAUAGUUCACAUUUAGAUUUUAGAUUGGAAUACACAUUACUCAAAACCAAAUAUGGAUAUAACUGAAAACAAUUUGAAGAAAAAAAGUAGAUUUUAUAUUGCAUUUGACUGGAAUU